AUGGCUGAAAAAUCGAGCAAAACGAUUGAUAAUUCCAACAUUUUACGCAUUGCCGCCAAUAUUGUCGAUGCAGGCGAUCAAGAGGUCGUCCAGCUACUGUUGGAGUUGCAGCAAAAGCUGAAUGAUGCACCUAGCAACGCUGCGCAAAAAUUACGCCAUGAUGCAUUUGAGCUUGGUCUACUGGAUGUUUGCUUUUCAACGCUAUUAAAUAGUGAUUAUAAGGAGGUAGAUGGGAAAUGGAAUUCAGUGGCGAAGAUUGUGGAAUUAGUUUGCGAUAUCUGCUCUGUUUUACAACCUGAUCAAGAUCAGGAUCAAGCCAAUCAAUUCGAACAAGCUGUAUUAUAUGCUGCUGAAGUGUUAUUAAAAGUAGCCAAUAUAGUACAUAAAGAUGUUCACCAAUCCAAAGCACAAUCCAUGGAGAUUCGUAUAGAGGUCACUAGGGCAUUUCGAAUAGUAUUAGAUGGAAUGAUCUGGUUAGUUAGUGCUCACUCGUGGCUAGCAUUGUUUGUUUUACAAGCUAAGAGUUAUAUCGCUUUACUCAUGUCCGGCGAAAAUGAUACCGCAAGCACCAUUAUUUCAAUUAUAACCAAUUUUAUAUCGAUUCGUCCAGGAAUAUGUAAAGAAUUACAAGAGGAUGAUAUUAACAAUAUUAUGGACGAAUUAAUUUAUAAACUUACAACAACAAAUGAGAUCGUCAUUGCUAGUACAAUUACUCGUUUAUUAUUGACAAUUAUUGAAGAUAAUUCCAAUAUAUCCUUAACAUUAUAUGAGCGUUACAAGGGUCUCAAGCAAUUAGUAAAUCGAUGGAUAGGUAGAGGUUUCGACAAUGCAUUAAAGCAAUUCAUUUAUAUCUUAGAUAGUGGUAGUGCUAAAAGUGCUCAUGAAUAUCGUAUCAAUCAUGCUGCUACUAUCAUACAAUCAGCCUUUAAGGGCUAUAAAGAACGAAAAAAGUUGAAAUCUGCACAACAAGCCAUGACAAAAUUGCAACAGAAAAUUCGUAAGCGUGUGCAAGAUAAGAUUGCUAAACGUAUUCAAGACAAAGAAGUGGAAGUAGCUAAGCGAGAAAGGGAUAUAAGAAAAAGGAAAGAUAUGUUGAAAUCGAAAGAGAGGCAAUUGCAGGCUUUAAAUGCUAUACCAGCUGCUAAGAUGGCCGAAUAUUUUACCAAAUCUGAAAUGUUAGCAGCUACGAAAAUUCAAUCAGUUUGGCGUGGAUUGGUUGCAAGACGAAAAUUUAAAAUCGAAUCAGAAAAUUUGCGCCAGUGGCGAGCCGCUCGUACUAUUCAACGUUGCGCUAGGAAAUUUCUUGAUAGAUUACGCUCAAGAAAACUUCAAGCCGCUGCCAAAGAAUCUUUAAUGCCACCCGGUUUAGAUGAUCAACGUCGAACUGAAUUGAUGACUAUUGUUGAAAAGUUUAAAAAGCAGCAUUCAGAAGUCGAAAGAAGUCAAGAAGAAAUCGAAGAGAUGCUAUAUGAUAUCGAAGAUAUAUUGACACAUUAUUGGUCGUUUUUGCCCAAUUGGCGGCGUAAACAAUAUGAAAUGGAUGCUUUAGUUGCUAGAAUUGAAACAGAAACUGAAUUAUUAAAUGAGGCCCCAAGCCUUUCUGAAGUUCAACCUGAAGAUUUAGAAAAAUUUACAUGUUAUUCUCAACCGAUUGUUCGAAAAGCACAAGAGGAAGUCCAAGCAGAUUUAAAGGCAUUAGAAGAGCCAUGGUGGAAGCACUUAGGUGGUGAUUCAGAUUCAGAUGACGAUGACUUAUUUCCUGAAUUUCCAAAAUUACGAAAUUAA